UAGUACCAAUAUUUUUAAAAAAAUGUCCCUGAUUGUUUUGGGCUGUAACCCUGGUUCCGGAGGCUGAGAGCACCAUAGACGCUAUAAUUCAGACAAUGUAAGGCACUUCCAGGAAGUUCCCCAACUGAGCCCUCUGCCCAUCCCACAUCAGAUACUGGGAAGGAGCUGAACUAUGUCUCUUUGUUUUGUAAGUAAUUGGGCUGGGCAGAUAAAAUGUUCCCUGAUUAUAGAAGGACGGAUUAGCCGAGUGAUGACUGCGAUGAUGAGGGUGUGUUGCUAGUUGCGCAAAUAACUGGAGCUGCGGUCGUCCUUAAAUCGGAGAGUAGGAGUUCUAAUCGCACUGGUUCACAAUGGAUGAAAAACACGAAACAGACGAUGUACUUGAUAAAGAAUGUGGAGAUGAAGGCCCAUCUGCUCCUCCUACAGAAAUGCUGGACCCAGUCGCUGGCUAUGAGGGGAUUCCUGCUGAUGGUGGAGGAGGGAAGACUGUGCCUUUGCCCCCCAAACUAAUAAACUCACCAAGGGAAGAUCAGCCAUCACCAUUACCUCCAGAGGCCAGAAUCCCUGCUUUGACAGAGGACAUGGCCAGGGAAGCUUUGAUUAAGUUUGUCAGCAGUAAGUGGUUUUAUGGGAGUAAGCCAGCUAAGGAACUGACGUUUCGAGACCUGAAACCACUAACCACAUACAGAUAUCGACUCGAAACAUUCACUGAAGCUCGUUCAACUGAAUGGACAUUUGUUCCUUAUACUGAUCAGAUGGUGGAUGGCCCUGAGAAUGGUCUCCCUCCUGCUCCAUGGGAUGUUAUGGUGGAACCCCCUCCUUUGUUUCAAAAUGACCAGAAAAAAGUAGCAGUACCCCAUACAUCAUCAGUGAAGCCAUGCCAUAAGUGCCAUGGGAAGGGGAGAUACCGUUGUAGCAGAUGCAGUGGAUCUGGCAAGUUAAGAUGUGUUUCAUGUAAUGGGACAGGACAAACAGCCCAGAAACGAUGUUUUCAGUGUUCAGGCACAGGACGAAGAAGAUGCAGGACAUGUAAUGGCCGUGGCAGUAUAAUUUGUUCCAUAUGCAAAGGAAAGAGGAACCUCUUGCAUUAUAUUCAGCUGACAGUAACUUGGAAAAAUGUUGUCUUCGAACAUGUCCCAGAUCACCAGACUGGAUUUCCUGUUGAGCUCUUCAAAAAAGUAAAAGGAGAUGACAUAUUCAUGGAUGAACACAUUACGGUUUAUCCAAUGGUGGGGUUUCCUGAACUGGAGAUCUGUGAAGCAUCAAAAAGAGGAAUAACAGACCAUAAUGCCCAGUUUUCAUCAACAGCACGCAUACUUAAGCAGCGUCAGACAAUCGAGAUUGUUCCACUCACAGAAGUACACUGUGAGUACAAACAGAAGACCUACAGUUACUAUGUGUAUGGAACUGAGCAGGAAGUUUAUGCUCCAAGCUACCCGGCCAAGUAUUUUUGGGGUUGUAAUAUUUUCUGAGUAUCCUGUAGGUCAUUAAAGAAGACAGAUUGCUCAAGUGUCACUCCACAUCUGAGACUUAGAUUAUAUGCAAAGACUUCAUAACAUACAGUAUUCCAUCAUGUGGUAACCAUCCUUGAGCUUCUUCUCAAUGAACCAGUAGGUUUGUCCUCAGUAUUGAUGGUUAAUAAUCUGUACUUCAGGCAGAAGUAGUUCCAGACCCAUAUAAGUGGCCACAGUAUGCCUGCAUAGUUGGGCAUCUCACAGCCAUUGACUUCAAAUGUAAAAUCAUGUGACGAUUGAACAAUUGCUAAAAGUAACAUAUAUCCCUUCUCUAAUUCUUCUAAGUCAGCAAUAUCGAAUAGUCAGAAAGCAUAUGCUGUUCUCUCAGAAACAUUCUUGGAAAUGAAUAGCUAUAUUAGCUAAGGAAUGAUGUUUGUCCUCCAUGUCUGCUUAUACCAAAAGAGACCAUUCAGCUUCAGACCUGUGGAUGCAAUUACUCAAAAGAUUGUACAUGAAUGUCAGUGUCUCUUUGGUGUUUAAAAGAAAUGCUUAUAAAUACUGUGGUUUCUUAAAUGUUUUUAUAUUUUGGGGAAUUCUGUUGUAUUGUGUUUUAUAUUGAUUACAUUUGAUUGCUCUAAUUGCAUUUUCUGUUCAUUUUUAUCAGUCCACCUGACAUUUGUAAACAACUAUGAUAGUUAAAUGGGCAGAAAUAGUAAAAUAUGAUGAGUAGUAUUCUUAGAUUUGCAUGCGCAGUAUUGCAUGUGAUGUGUUUUAUAAACUGAUAAUAAUAUCAAUACUAUUAAUGAUCAUUAAGAAUGUGCAACAUUUUAUGAAUCAUUAAAUUGUGUAUAUUUUACAGAGUAUUCUUAAAUAUUGUAACAUGUAUAAAAUAAUGUAUUUAUAUCUGUAGUUUUGUCAGUAAAUGUAGCAUGUGUUAAA